CUCUUGCACAAACCCAAUGGUCCAAUCAGCUCACCUUUUUCACGGAGAACCUAUUACAGCAAAGAGGCUGAAGAAGACUGAGUAGGGAUAGCACAGCAGCGUAAAGGAGGUGAAGUAGGAGUUCUUUGUAUGGGCAUGAUUCCUGUAGUGUAGCCAUGAAUGCAGACAGUCAAAAGGUCACUAUCUUUUUUGUGAUUACUUUCCUCCUUGUUGUCAAUGCGUGGCUGCUGCUGCAACUUGCUUUUGGAUAAAAUACAGAUCUUGUGAGAGGACUUCAUAAUCUUGCAGUGGAUGCUGGCCAUUUUUGAGAAUGACAACGAGGGACACACAGGACUGAUCUCCAGUUUCCUCUCUGGAAUACAACAUUGGAAUGAUUGGACUCCUCAGUACUGUAUUUACAGUCAGAAAGCUGAAGUCUGCAGCCUGUAUUGAGCAAAGACUCCCACAAAGGACUGUUUUAAAAACGGAUUGAGUCGCGAUGAUUUACAGACCAGAGAUUAUGUUUUUAUUUUGAAAGGCUAGCUCGGAAGUUUGGGUCAUUAACAUUCAGGGAUGUGUCAGCUUUUCGACAUAAUUUUAAUCCUUUUAGUUUAAAUACAGAUAUUAAAGUGGAGGUUUUAAAAAGCUCGGCUUUUUUUGCUUGUAUUAGAGACAACUGUGAGAGCUACAUGGUUGUGAUUAAGCUAGCAUUUGAGGCAGCAAAUGUGAAGUCUUUGGAGAAGCUACAGACAUAAACGACACGGACAGUCGACUGUGCUAUGUAGCCAUUACGUACACCGAGCUUUAAACCGGUGCUUAUAGGAACAACCUGUCCAAGUGUGUUUACAGUAUGUCUGCUGGAUAAACUGUUAUAAGCAGACGCAGGUGCUUGCACUUGCGCCGUCUCCCUCUCUGCUGCUGCUGCUCAGUGUUCACCGUGUUUACCGAGACCUGGCUAACAGAGAGAGGUGGUUAGUGGUUGGAGUCAUGGCGUCGGCAGCUGAGAGCUGUCACCGGCCAAUGGGCUUUUUAUAGCUAACGCCAGUCCUCCUGGACCGUUGACGUUCUGUUGCUGGACCGUCGACGUUCUGUUGUUGGACCACCGAGGACAGCGCGCGACCUUGAGGAGGGUUGCGAUGGAUUUGACGCGGCUGGCUGUGGAUGCUGGACAGUUCAUCAACCGAGCCGUUCAGUACACGGGGGAGAGUCUUGGUCAGUCAGACAAAACACAGUUGGACUCGGGGCUGGAGGAGCUUAUUGCCCGGGCAGACGCCACCAAGACCUGGACCGACCAGAUAAUCUCCCAGACUGAGGUUUUACUGCAGCCCAGCCCCGGAGCACGGUUAGAGGACCGGCUGUAUGAGCAACUGGAUUGGAGCAUCCCACCACGGCCUCGUGCACAUGAGGUACUGGGAGACCUUAUGAUCCAGGCAGGGAUGGAGAUCGGAUCCAACACACCCUAUGGAACAGCACUGCUCAGGUUUGGAGAGACUCAGAAGCAACUUGGCGAGGCGGAGCGGCAGUUUGUCCAAAGCACUAACAUUCACUUUCUCACCCCACUGAGGAGUUUCUCUGAGGGGGAGUACAGACUCAUACAGACUGAGCGCAGGAUGUUGUUGAAUAAGCGUUUAGACUUGGACAUAGCUAACACCAGACUGAGGAAAGCCCAUGAAGCUGACCGAGAGGCCAGAAACCUGAAUGCAAACCCACUGGACGAUGACUACUUGACUCAUGUCUCCUACAUGUUCAGCUUUCUGCGUGUUAAAUGGCUAAAGAUGUGGGCUCAGGAAAUCUCUCAGGCAGAGAUGGAGCUGAGGAUUUGUCAGAGUCUGUUCGACCGACAGGCUGAAAUGAUGAAAAGAGUUGUGGAAGGAAUCAACAACACUCACACCAAUCACAUGCGAAGCCUGACAGACUUUGUGGAGGUUCAGGCCUGUUAUUUCGACCAGUGCAACCAACAUGCUCAGGAGCUUCAGAAACAGCUUGCCAGCAUUCCAGCAGUCCUCUGCUCCAAUAACUGGCAGUCCAAAAUUAGUAAUGCAGGCAAUCAGCCAUCAACAAGCAACCAUGUAGCUAAUGAGCCCGUCGGGUUAAAUCACGUCAUUCCAAUUCCCGUAGAAGUACACCAAAUCCCAGACUUCAACCAGGACUCAUGGACAUUAAACCCACCGCCCGGAGCUGAAACAACAACAACGACAACAGACUCUUCUGUGACCACACUGCCACCUGAUCAGACCAACAAGAACAAUAACAACAACUCCUUCUCUACUAACGGCCAGACAACCAGCCAAUGUGCAACUGCCAACCAAGCAUGUGAUUAUGUUGGCACAUCAAAUUCACAAAGUCAACCAACAGAUCAGAUCCCAGAACUCCCACAGACCGAUGAAGCCACAGCAGAAACUACCAACGGGGCAGAUAGUCUGCACCAAACUGAUGGUUCUCCAUCAUCUGAGCUCAGUGGAGCCUCAAACAUGCUUCAGAUGACAACUGGAGUAGUAAGUGAGAGCGCUACAACCAAUGGAACGGCUGUUGAGUCCUUGGCCACCAAUGGAACGGCUGCCGAGCCUGAAACAACCAAUGAAACUACAAACCAGCAACCCGUCAUCAAUGGAGAAGAUGUCCAGGAGUAAUGAUUAUCCACGUUAUCCAGCUGGAAUCAAGCUUAGCCAGAUGUAAAUGGCAUAUGUGCAAAAACAGAGUCUGUCUUAGAAAGGAAUAGAUACAAAUUAAUCUUAGUGUCAUAGAAUAAAAAAAAAGAGGUAAUUUAUGGCAUGGGAGGAAUUUUGUGAAGUGUGUGUAAAAGUUAUUUUUCUGAAAGUUUUAUAGUGCCACAAUUAUUUCAGCUUUUAUCUGUAUUCAGAUGUUCUUAGUAUUUUGUGGAAACGACUGUUAUCAGUAUCAGUCCCCUCUUGUGGCAAUGUAUGUAAUGUCGACUCUGUAAUAUUCUCCAGCUUCUGUCUGGGAGAUGAGGCCUGGCUGACUGUUAUUAACCAAAUCUAUAAUGUUUCAUUCAGCUACAUUAAGCUAAUGAAGCUUUGUGCCAACUGUAUGUGUGUGUAUGUUGUUGUGAGAACAUAAACUCAUGUGCGUCUCAGUGUAUUUGUGUCGCUGUCUGUCUCUUACCUACAGUAUGUUUACAUCUCACUCUAACCUGUAACACCUUCAAAAAGAAGACUGUGCAUUUGUGCAUGUGACUCGGCGUUGGCGUAGAGCUGAGGUCAUUUUCCAUACAUGUCACUUACGUGUUAGGGAGCCCUGCGAGGUGACAAAAACAUCAAGCUGAACAGGAUCUUUAUGUUUCAGCAUGGCGAGAAAUAUGUUUCCUCAUAUGUUCUCUGGGUGUUUCCCUUUACGCACAGUCAAAUCAUAAACUUUCUUUUACCCUUUUACCCCCUUAAAGCACCCACUAGGUGAAAUGGAUUGAAGUUUCCAUGUCCAGAUGUUGCUCAUUUUCCCUGUUAGGGCAGACCUGCUCUACGGUGGUGUGGGUCCACUCUGGGGACCCUUGAUGGAAACAAGCAUUAAUGUAGCACUAACCUUACUGAUGUAAUCACCAACCAGCUCUAUGCGCCACACUUAUGUCCCAAUACAUAAAGAUGUGUAUGUGUGUGUGGAUAGAAACACUUCAUUGUUGUUGCUGCUGCCAGUUUUAUACUAAAAGGCGGUUCUAAUUGAGUCAAAUAUGGUACAUUGAGCUGAUGUCAGCGCACGUUGUCUUUUUACUUUUUCAUGUGAAGACGUGGAAAUAAAUAUGCUAACAGUGA